UUAUGUCAACCUGACUGGCAGUGGAGUGGCUGUUUUUCCUCGCCUCUCACGGAUUCUCUCGCCUCCGCGUAUCUGCUUGUAGUCUUCUUUUACGCGAGAUACUCGGCUGAGCUCGUAUCGUUUAUGAAUCAAUUAUCUGCCAGAAAUCCGUUCUGACAAAACAAAUUUGAAGUGGGCUGUAAAAUAUACUCCUAUAUAUUGGAGAAAGAGAGACCAGGCAAAAGGGAAGUGUAUCCAACCUACUCUUUUCCAAAUGGAUGGGAUGAAACCAGAAGCGACGGCUGAGGAGAAUCAGGAUGAAAGGGAAGAAAGCAAAGGCUGCUUCGAGUGUUGCAUCAAGUGUCUGGGCGGUGUCCCUUAUGCAUCUUUGGUGGCUACCAUCUUGUGCUUUUCGGGUGUUGCUCUGUUCUGCGGCUGUGGGCAUGUGGCACUUACGGGCACUGUGACCAUGGUGGAAAACCACUUUUCACGUGUCACCUCCGACCAUGCUACCCUCACUGAUGUGGUUCAGAUUUUGCAGUACAUCAUCUAUGGAAUCGCCUGUUUCUUCUUCCUGUAUGGCAUCAUCCUGUUGGCUGAAGGCUUUUACACCACCAGUGCUGUCAAAGAGAUGCACAGCGAAUUCAAGACCACUGUGUGUGGACGCUGCAUCAGUGCCAUGUUUGUGUUCCUCACCUACAUUCUGGGCUUGGGUUGGCUGGGCAUCUUUGGCUUCUCUGCGGUGCCCGUUUUCCUGUUUUAUAACAUGUGGACUGCUUGUGGAGCCAUGAAGUCCCCUAUUGCCAAUCUCACCUCUGUGGACAACAUCUGUGUCGAUGUGCGACAGUAUGGAAUCAUCCCAUGGAACGCUAUUCCUGGUAAAGCCUGUGGCUCCACGCUAAGUGCUAUCUGCAAUACUAGUGAGUUCUAUUUGUCCUACCAUCUUUAUAUUGUUGCCUGUGCUGGAGCUGGAGCCACUGUGAUCGCACUGAUCCACUACCUGAUGAUCCUGGCAGCAAACUGGGCCUAUCUCAAGGGACUGUGUCAGCAGACUCAUGCCUACCAGGACAUCAAAACCAGAGAUGAUCAAGAGCUGCAGGAUGUGCAGUCACGCUCAAAGGAGGGUCUAAACUCCUACUCAUAAACAGUUCUCCCAACUCUUAUCUACCCAACCUCUUUCUAACCUGUUCUAGACCACACCAACACACACACACACACACACACACACACACAAACCUGCCACCCUCAGAUGAAACACUAUACACAAACUAACACUGCUAAGCACUGCGCUAUCCUGACUAUACAUCAUAACAGUGGUAUAAGUUAGUUAUAAUCAUGAUGAAACAUGUCAGGCAAGAUAUUAAACAUCUGUAACAAAUGAUGAGUGGAAUCAUGCAGUUUAUGGUGAUAGGAUGUGUUUUUCUCAUCUUCAUGGUGCAAAAGACCAAUGGUAUAAAAGUGUAUGUAUUCUAGUAUCGUACUGUCAUUUGCAAGUAUUUUUGAAUUGCUAGAAAGUGUACGUACAGUGUAGAGUCAUGGUUAUAACUGGGUUAUGUUUGGUUUUAUGAUGCAUUGUCUUGGUGAAGCGCUGCUUAAAUGAUAGACUGUCUGCACUAACUCCUCACAGACAUUUUGCAGGAACUUCCUUUUUUUUGGCGUUUUAUACAUAUAUAAAUAUAUAUAUAUAAUUGUGUGAAAGUGAAUGAAUGUUGUUGUUUUUUUAUUUUAUUUUUAUUAUGGGUCCCAGGUUGUGUAUUGAAAAUGUCUGUUUAUUUAGAAUUUUUCUCUGAUCUCUAUGGCUUCUAUCUCUCAGAUCUCUAUCUUAGAUUUCUGAAUUCACCUUUUUCCAACUCUCUUUCUUACUUUAUUUUUGGAGGGGGUGGGGAACAAUACUGGUUCUUGACAAAUUGCACUAAUCUCGUAAUAGAAAGCUGGCGUAUUAACACACACACACACACGCACACAUGCACAUAAAUUAGAAAAAAAUUAAAUAAAAAAAAUUCAAAUAAAGGAUGCUUCCUUAAAGCUGUCAAUCUUGAGUAUCAUUAUCAAACAGUCAACCUUCAAAAUUAUAUUCUGACAACUGUGUCUGACUGAUUUAAAUCUGACAGGCUAAAAAAGGUUUUUAUAUAUAUAUAUAUAUAUAUAUAUAUAUAUAUAUAUAAUAAAAAAUAUUAAAUGAACUAAUGCUAAAUUAUUUACUAAUAAUGUCUAACCUAAACUGCCCUCAUCAGCUAUACAGGUUACAUACUUUUCUUCAGUUUUAUUGAUAAAUCUAGAUAUGUUUCAGUCUUCUAGAAUUUGUUCUUAUGGCAAGAUUGGUGUUUACUAUGAGUUUAAUGAGAUGAUUGUGACUCCUCUGUUUGAGUUAUUGCUUUGUGGACGUGAAACUCUGAAAAUGGUUUGAAUUUACAGUCAAAUAAUACAGCCUUGUUUUUGCAGUGUAUUUUUUUCCUAAUUGGUCUCUCUCUCCAUCUCUUUCUAUUACUACUUUUACAAUAUGACUCUUUUUAUUGAUCUGACUUUUAACUAAAAUGAUUAUUCUCUGUAAUGUCCCUGUAAAUAUAAGCAUGUUAGUAUUGUCCACAUAUACAGUUGUUUAAUACCAAUUAUAUGCCAUUUCUUGCUGUAUGUUAAAUUAUGUUAAAGGGAUCUUAAAGGGAUGUGUAAGAUGUUGAUCUAUUUACCCUGUUUUUGAAAAAGAAGAUGUGUGCCUGGGUGUUCUAUUGUUCCCUGAUUAUUGCAUGAAGGAGAGAUAUUUCACUUUGUUUUGCAGUACUAUAAGUGAUGUGUAGUCCAUUGUUCUAAUGAACUACAAUUGACAGUGUCCCAUCUUUCUCCGAAAAACAAACCCCUGUAUGUUAUUGGAAACUGUAGUCUUAGGUGUUUCAUAGUCGAUUUUAUUUGAAGUCAGAUGUUUUAUGAAUCCUGGAUAGUGAUUUUUGUAACCUUCUCUAGUAAAAUAUUUUCUAUGAUCUA